AAAGGCCGAAAGCCAACUCCAAGAGCCAAAGCCGCCAACUUUCUCAAUAUAUAUAGAUAUGUAGAUAUGGUUUUAAACAAAGACUCAGAACUUAGCUCCUCCUCUGCCCCCAACUCCCUCAGGUCAUCUUGCUUGACUGCAAUUAUCUGGUACGAAUGUAAAGAAAGAAAUCAUCAGUAAGGAUAAAAAAUCUGACAAAAAUUACUUGGAUAAAGGAGUAAAGAUGUCAACUUUGAGCCUUACCUCCCCUUGCAUUGUUAAAGCUGCAAUCCCUGAUCGAUUUACAAGCGCUAUUGCCAAGGCCCCAUCAUCUCUUGGAUCUUUUAAGAGCAUCUCCAAAUCUCUUGGCUUGAAAUAUUCCUCCAAUUGCAGAACCCUUAUGGCGACCUACAAGAUUAAGCUUGUAGGACCAAAGGGUGAGGUGACGGAGUUUGAAGCCCCCAACGAUAAGUACAUUUUAAAAGCAGCCGAGGAGGCAGGAUUCGACCUGCCGUAUUCUUGCAGGGCUGGAGCAUGCGGCACAUGUGCGGGAAAGAUGAUUUCAGGUUCCGUGGAUCAAUCCGAUGGUACUUUCCUUGACGAUAAACAAAUGGAGAAGGGUUAUAUGCUGCCUUGUGUUUCAUACCCGACCUCAGAGUGUGAGAUUCAAACCCACAAGGAAAGUGAACUCUAUGGUGUGAAGUGAGUAGGGUCCUCAAGUUUCCUUAUGUACAUCUUGCCUUGUAAAACAUACUGUCCUUAAAGAUAUAUGAAGAUGUGCAAAUUGCUCCCACAUAUAAAA